AUGAGAAGCAGCACCGCCUACAGCCACUCAGAGUGCACGCAAACCGUGGCGGGCAGUGCUGCACACCAAAAGCCGGACCACGUCGUCAGUCGGACCACGUCGUCAGUCGGACCACGUCUUCAGUCGGACCACGUCGUCAGUCGGACCACGUCUUCAGUCGGACCACGUCUUCAGUCGGACCACGUCUUCAGUCGGACCACGUCGUCAGUCGGACCACGUCUUCAGUCGGACCACGUCUUCAGUCGGACCACGUCGUCAGUCGGACCACGUCUUCAGUCGGACCACGUCUUCAGUCGGACCACGUCUUCAGUGGCUGGUGAAAGAUACGUGUUUGUGUGUAACCCUGAAGCCUUGUUCUCCAUGGCGAAAGUCAUGGCUAGCCGACCAGCGGGUGUCGCACAACAGCCAGCAGCACCAGGGGCACGGACCCUCACAGGGGCACGGACCCUCACAGGGGCACGGACCCUCACAGGGGCACAGACCCUCACAGGGGCACGGACCCUCACAGGGGCACGGACCCUCACAGGGGCACGGACCCUCACAGGGGCACGGACCCUCACAGGGGCACAGACCCUCACAGGGGCACAGACCCUCACAGGGGCACGGACCCUCAGGGGCACGGACCCUCACAGGGGCACGGACCCUCAGGGGCACGGACCCUCACAGGGGCCCGCCCCCUACAGGGGCACGGACCCUCACAGGGACAUGGACCCAACAAAGACAAUGACGUUGUGCGUUUCCCGAAGACUCAAUCAGGAAAUGGAGUUCAUCCAGGAGUCCAGGCCUUAUUCGGGAGUCCAGGCCUUAUUUGGGAGUCCUAUCUCGGACUCAGGCUCCAUAUAUGGUCCUAUUUUCCUGUCCUCUUUCACAUCGCACAAAUUCAGUUUCUAUCAGGCUUAA